CAAAUCGGCGCAGUGCGCAGGCGCGGGAAAGUUGAACUAACAAAAGUUUGUGCAAUCAGAGUGGAGGCGGAGACGCGGACAGGGGCGCCAGCAGAGAGGCCCCAGAAUAGGUGCCUCCAUGGCAGGCUCUGAAGAGCUGGGGCUCCGGGAGGAUACACUGAAGGUCCUAGCCGCCUUCCUUAAGCGGGGUGAGACUGCCGGGUCCCCUGUCCCAACCCUACCCAGGAUCCCUGACCAAGACGAGCCAACAGACUUCCUGAGCCGCCUUCGAAGAUGUCUUCCUUGUCCCCUGGGGCGAGGAGCCGUUCCACCUGAAUCUCCUAGGCCUUGCUCUCUGCCUCUGCAACCCUGCUAUGGUUCAGAGCCUGGCCCAACUACUCCAGACUUCUAUGCCCUGGUGGCCCAGCGGCUGGAACAGCUGGUCCAAGAGCAACUGAAAUCUCCACCUAGUCCAGAGUUACAGUGUCCGCCACCCACGGAGAAGGAAGCCCUGUUACGGAGGCUGGUGACAUUGCUGGAAGAGGAGGCUGAAGUCAUCAACCAGAAGCUGGCCUUGGACCCCACCCUGCACCGCAAGCUGGCCCGCCUGUCAGCAGGGUCCUUUGCCCGCUUAGUGGAGCUGUUCUCCAGCCGGGAGGGCAGCCCUUGCCCAAACCGCACAAGCUCCUUGUUGCCAUGUCCAGGACCCCCACCGCCUUCUCCGGAGCCCCUGGCUCGCCUGGCCUUGGCUAUGGAGCUGAGCCGUCGCGUGGCACGGCUAGGGGGCACCCUGGCUGGCCUCAGUGUGGAGCACGUACACAGCUUUACUCCCUGGAUCCAGGCCCAUGGGGGCUGGGAGGGCAUCCUGGCCAUCUCACCAGUGGACUUGAACUUACCCUUGGACUGAGAUCUUCCUCAGAAGCUGCUAGAAGACCUGACCUCGGGGCCCUGCCUUCUUUGCUUGUUUUUCCCUUUCCACUCAGGGCCAUUGGGUGGUGGCUGCCCUACCUGUUUUU